GAGUGCGGGAGCGCGCCGCGACGGGCGCACGCCUUUUCCGUUUUUCCCUCUGCACGCGUGCCCGUCGGAUGGUAAAAGCGGCGGACUGGGACCGGCUCGUCCACAGCGCGCGCGCACGGAGAAGCGAUGGAGAGCCAGGGCAGCCGCUGCAAGAUCGUGGUGGUGGGAGACACGCAGUGUGGUAAAACGGCGCUGCUGCACGUCUUCGCCAAGGACUGCUACCCCGAGAAGUACGUUCCCACGGUGUUCGAGAACUACACGGCGAGCUUCGAGAUCGACAAGCAGAGGAUCGAGCUGAACAUGUGGGACACGUCAGGUUCCUCGUACUACGACAACGUGCGGCCGCUGGCCUACCCCGACUCGGACGCCGUCCUCAUCUGCUUCGACAUCAGCCGCCCGGAGACGCUGGACAGUGUGCUCAAGAAGUGGCAGGGAGAGACCCAGGAGUUCUGUCCCAACGCCAAGGUGGUCCUGGUGGGCUGCAAGCUGGACAUGCGGACGGACGUGAACACGCUGAGGGAGCUGUCCAAGCAGAGGCUCAUUCCCGUUACCCAUGAGCAGGGCAGCGCGCUGGCCCGCCAGAUGGGGGCGGCGGCCUACGCCGAGUGCACGUCCAAGGUGUCGGAGAACAGCGUGCGGGACGUCUUCCACAUCACCACGCUGGCGUCCGUCGGCCGCGUAAACAGGCCCCAGCUGACCCGCAGCAACUCGCGCCAGGGCCUCAAACGGGCCUCGCAGCUGCCGGGCCGGACGGGCCACAUGGACGCCACCCCCGCCAUGAGGAAGGACCGCGCCAAGAGCUGCCUGCUCAUGUAGAGCGCCCCCUGCUGGCCGGACAACUCAAACACAUGUACAUAAAACGGGAAUGAGAGAUGAACUCUAUUUAUUGUUGCGUUUUUGUUUAUUCAUUUUGUUAUUGUCAUUCUUGUGCUGCUGAGGAAGGUGCUAAAGGUACAAGCUGUCAGAUGCUUCUGGAUUUCGUUCUCAAUGUCUUUUUUUCCUUGUUGUUUCUGUUUACAUUUCAUUGGGAGGGGAAGACCCAACAUUUUUUGAAGGCAAGAGUCUUGGAGGACACGGGCCAAUAGGACAAGGUGUCCUUCCGUGCUUUUUUUCUUUUUUUUUUUUGAACGGUGACAUUACGAUCGUGAUUUUUUUUUUCCCCUCUCCUCCGGGUGCGCUCGACGGCUGGCGUCGGGUGAGGACGGCGAGACGACGAGCAUUCGGCCCAUUGUGGGGAAACAACUAAUGUUGUAUAAUACAAUGAGUUGUGUUUUUUGGGAGGAACUGUUCCUCUGGACUGGAACUUGUGGACAACAGCAGCCUGUCGCAUCAUUUCCUUUGCCAAGAUAAUAUCGCUCUGGGUCAUUGGGGGGAAAAACUAAAUAUAUAAGUAGAGGCAAAAUGCACAACAUGUAUUAUAAUUCAUGAAGAAACGACAAAGAAAGAUCUAAAAACAUUCAAUGGUAAUUACUUUUAUGAUAUAUAAGGACAUAAUUGAAUACUGAACCCAGUGGGACGUAAUCGGUCCAUUUCCUGCUGAUCCUCUAAACCACAAGUGCUUUCAAGCUCUUCACCUUGCAUCACUUUUGUCCUAAUCCAGCAGUAUUUUUGUCAGUUCACAUUAAAACUUGAGUAGCUGCACUCUUUCUUUGGUGCCAUUAUAAAUAUCUUAUUUUGAGACAAAUAUUUUGAUGACAAGAAGAGAGGGCUGAUUUGCAGUAUUUCCACUGUAUUCGUGUGAUGCAGAAAUAAAGUCUUU